CAGACAGAGUCACUUUGAUUCCUCAACAAACAGAGGGUUAUGAUGGGGGACAACAAUAUAAGAAAACAAAGGUCUUAUCCUCAGCUUCUCCCUCUUCAAAACCACAUGACCCUGCUUUUCUUCCUCUUCUGCAUCAGCAUCUUCUUCCUCUGUUUCUUGGCUCCACCGCUCAGCGCAGAAAAGGAAAAGGAAACACCACUUGGGUAUGGCUACACGGUUCGAUCGGUGACCGUUGAUCCCUCUGGCAAGUCCUUGAAUGCUCACCUUGACCUCAUCAAGAGCUCCUCCGUCUUUGGGCCCGACAUUAAGAAUCUCAAUUUCAUCGCCAGCUUUGAGACUGGAGAUCGGAUCCGAAUUAAAAUAACCGACUCCGACCACCAUAGAUGGGAGAUCCCUCAAACCAUAAUCCCCCGCGAAACCCACUUUCCACACCGCCUCCUCCCCGAAAACCAUACUCCGAAGAGGUCCUCACCGUCGAAAACCCGCUUCGUCCUUUCCGACCCAACCUCCGAUCUCAUCUUCACUCUCUACAACACCACCCCGUUCGGCUUCUCCGUCUUUCGGAGAUCAUCCGGCGACGCCAUCUUCGACGCCUCCCCGACGCCAGACUCUUCCACCUUCCUCGUUUUCAAGGACCAGUACAUUCAGCUCUCUUCCUCGCUCCCCAAAGCAAGGUCCUCUCUCUAUGGCCUGGGUGAGCACACCAAGAGCUCCUUCAAGCUUCAGGCCUCCAACGAGGCGCAGACGCUCACUCUGUGGAACGCCGACAUUGCCAGCGCCAAUCUCGACCUCAAUCUUUACGGUUCCCACCCGUUCUACAUGGACGUCAGGUCGCCGUCCGAAGAUGGCAGAGUGGCGGCUGGGACAACUCAUGGAGUCCUGCUUCUUAACAGCAAUGGCAUGGAUGUGGCGUACAGUGGUGAUCGGAUCACGUACAAGGUGAUUGGUGGGAUUAUUGACUUGUACAUUUUUUCUGGGCCGUCGCCGGUGAUGGUGAUGGAGCAGUACACGGAGCUCAUCGGCCGGCCUACACCCAUGCCGUAUUGGUCUUUUGGAUUUCAUCAAUGUCGAUAUGGUUACAAGAAUAUUUCCGAUAUUGAAAGCGUGGUUGCUGGCUAUGCAAAAGCUCAUAUACCUCUUGAAGUUAUGUGGACAGAUAUUGAUUACAUGGAUGGGUACAAGGAUUUUACCCUUGAUCCUAUUAACUUUCCGGUAGAGAAAAUGAAAAAGUUUGUUGAUACUCUUCAUCAAAAUGGUCAGAAAUAUGUGCUUAUCAUAGAUCCUGGUAUCAGUGUGAAUAAGACAUAUGGUACCUACAUUCGAGGAAUGCAAGCUGAUGUCUUCAUAAAACGUGAUGGUGCCCCGUACUUGGGUGAAGUUUGGCCUGGCCCAGUCUACUUCCCUGACUUUUUAAAUCCAGCCAGUGAAGUAUUUUGGGGUGGCGAGAUAAAAAAUUUUCUAGAUAUUCUUCCUGUUGAUGGUCUUUGGCUUGACAUGAACGAGAUUUCCAACUUUAUAACUUCUCUUCCUACUCCAAAUUCUACUCUCGAUGAUCCUCCCUACAAAAUUAACAAUGCUGGAGUUCGCCGGCCCAUUAAUUAUAACACUGUACCUGCAACAUCCUUACACUUUGGUAAUGUUACUGAGUAUAAUGUCCAUAACCUAUAUGGACUCUUAGAGUGCAAAACCACUAAUGCAGCCUUGAUCAAUGUGACUGGGAAAAGGCCCUUUAUACUUUCUAGGUCGAGUUUUGUUAGCUCUGGCAAGUAUGCAGCACACUGGACUGGAGACAAUGCUGCCACGUGGAAUGAUUUGGCAUACACAAUUCCAUCAAUUUUGAACUCUGGGAUUUUUGGAAUUCCAAUGGUUGGUGCAGACAUCUGUGGUUUUUCUAGAAAUACAACUGAAGAACUCUGCAGGCGCUGGAUUCAGCUAGGAGCUUUUUAUCCCUUUGCAAGAGAUCACUCGGAAAAGUAUAGUAUUCGUCAAGAACUCUAUCUUUGGGAGUCUGUUGCUGCAACAGCCAGGAAGGUGCUUGGGCUCCGCUACCGGCUUCUACCCUACUUUUACACAUUAAUGUAUGAAGCACACCAACGAGGAACCCCCAUUGCGCGCCCCAUUUUCUUCUCGUUUCCUCAAGAUAUCAACACUUUUGAAAUCAGUACUCAGUUUCUGAUUGGUAAAGGCGUAAUGGUCUCACCAGCAUUGAAAUCAGAAGCAAUUUCAGUUGAUGCAUACUUCCCUGCUGGAAAUUGGUUCGACCUCUUCAACUACUCGCAUUCUUUGAGUGUUCAUUCAGGAAGAUAUAUCAGGCUUGAUGCACCGCCUGAUCAUAUAAACGUUCAUGUUCGGGAAGGUAAUAUUUUGGCCAUGCAAGGAGCGGCCAUGACAACGCGCAUAGCUCGAAAGACUCCAUUCCAGCUGUUGGUGGUGGUCAGCAGUACUGGAAUUACUACUGGAGAAGUUUUCUUGGAUGAUGGAGAGGAGGUGGUGAUGGGAGGAAAAGGAGGGAUAUGGAGUUUAGUGAGAUUCUUUGGUGGAAUAGUGGGCAACAAGGUAUCAGUCAGUUCAGAGGUUGUGAAUGGAGGAUAUGCUUUGAGCCAAAAGUGGAUCAUAGAUAAAGUGACUUUCAUAGGGCUGGAGAAGGGUAAUAGAUUGAAGGGAACAAAAUUGAACGGAAAGCCAGUUAGAAAGACAAAUCUCAUCAGCCAUGGACCGUUUCUUGUGGUCGAGGUCUCAAAGCUAUCACUUCUUAUUGGAAAGGAAUUCAAGUUGGAGCUUGAAUUUCUCAAAUAAAUCAUUAUUAGCGGCAUAUAAUUAUUGCUCGCCUAAAAAGUGUCAACAAAAAUCGAUUUGCCAAUAAGCAUUUGUGGCUUCGAAAUUAUAUCUUUGGCAUAUGAUUAAAAAUAAUUACCUCAAGUUAAAAUGCA